CUUCCUGUCAACGCGCACGCCAGCCCCGUGCCCCGGGCAGCCGUGCUGCGAUCUGAUUUCAGGGCCCGGGGUCUGUUCCGGAUCCCUCGGGCCUCGAGGCUGCCAGUGUGACCUUGAGCAAAUCUCGCCCGCUGGGCCUUAAGUUCCCUUGCGUGAACUAGGGUGGGAUGAGCAGUAAGGUUCUUAUCCUGAGCUUUCCGGGCGGAGAACCCACCCUCCCUGCUCCCUACAGGUCUUGAUCAUGAACGCCCCUAGAGGAAGGAGGCAGGAAGGUAGAAGGACUCAUAGACCCCGGGAACAGGACCGAAAUGUGCAGCUGUCUAAGGCCCUGUCCUAUGCCCUUCGCCACGGAGCCUUGAAGCUGGGACUUCCCAUGCGAGCUGAUGGCUUCGUGCCCCUGCAAGCCCUCCUGCAGCUGCCCCAGUUCCACCGCUUCUCCAUUGAGGAUGUGCAGCUCGUGGUGGCUACCAACGAAAAGCAGCGGUUUACCCUGCAGCCAGGCGAGCCAAGCACUGGGCCCCUCAUCAGGGCCAAUCAGGGCCACUCCCUACAAGUCCCUGAGUUGGAACUGACGCCCCUGGAGACACCACAAGCCCUGCCCUUGACACUCGUCCAUGGUACAUUCUGGAAGCACUGGCCAUCUAUUUUACUGAAGGGCUUGUCACGCCAAGGAAGGACGCACAUCCACUUGGCCUCAGGAUUGCCUGGGGACCCUGGUGUCAUCAGCGGCAUUCGUCCAAAUUGUGAGGUGGCAGUGUUGAUCGAUGGACCCCUAGCCCUCACAGACGGAAUCCCUUUCUUCUGCUCUGCCAAUGGUGUGAUCCUGACUCCAGGGAAUGCCGAAGGCUUCCUGCUUCCCAAGUACUUCAAGGAGGCCCUGCAGCUGCGACCUACCCGUGAGAACCAAACCACCACCCACCCUGGCCUGAAGUCUGUGCCCUUCUGCCCUCAAGCUCUUUGGAAGCUCCCCACCUUAGGCAAAGGUUCCUUUCUCUUAGCAACUUUUGUCUCCACCUCAGGAAAACCUCUCUCCUUGGCUGGUGAGAAAGAGACAGAGACUCAGAGUGGCUCCAAGCUCAGCUCCAGAGGAGGAGGAAGAAAGAUCCAACAAUAAAAUAUUUAUUUAUUAAAAUAACUGAAACAGACGCAAAAAGA